GAAAAAAGGAAAGGAGGAGCCGAGGAGGAUUUUCAAUUUAAAGUUUUACGAACACACGACAUCAAAUUUUUUAUCCAAUCAGAUACAAGGAUUUGUAUAACCUUGCAGUUACGUAUAUAUAAUUAUAAUAAUAAUAAUAAUAGCAGUAAGCAUAUAUAGGAAUGGCACCAGCCUUAAUCAAUGCAAACCCGGUUGUAUACCAAAAGAAAGAACGCCCGGCUCGAACUAAACCCGGUGAUAGCGGUUUCGAUGAAUAUGCAGCUGAACUCAUUGACCAACUUGAAAUAUUUGAUCAUAUUAGAGAUAUAAAAGAUCCAGAACAUCCUUAUUCUUUAGAGGAGUUGAAAGUUAUUACAAAGGAUGCUAUUGAAGUAGAUGAUAAGCGUAACUAUGUUCGGGUCACGUUUACACCGACGCUUGAGCAUUGCAGUUUGGCAAUUGUUAUUGGGCUUUGUUUGUGGGCUAAACUUAUGCGCAGCCUGCCUUCUCGUUUUAAGGUUGACAUCAAGGUGGCUCCCGGGUCUCAUGCAACUGAAGAUGCAGUGAACAAGCGAUUGAAUGAUAAGGAACGGGUUGCUGCGGCUCUGGAAAAUCCUAAUCUCGUCGAUGUUGUUGAUAAAUGCUUGUCUCCAUCUUUUGAAUAAAUGUCACACCCAAUACAUAGCCAAUCACCUUAGACAUGCCGAGGGCGUAUAACCAUGGUGAAUGCUAUCAGGACACAUUUUAAGUACCUAGGAUAGAAAAAGUGAGUGAGCUUAUUAGUUUUUAUAGAAUGAGUAGUUGCCAAAUAUCCCUUACAGGAUCUCAUGAGGAUGAAAUAGGAGGAUAUAGUACUAUUGUUUCAUAACUAUACACCUUCAGUUUAUAGGGUUAGUAAAUUAUGAUCAUUUGAAAAAUAAAAUUUGUGUGAAAACCAUAAAAUUGGCCAAAUAAAAUGUUGUGAUUUUAAACUUAACACAAUGUGUUUAUUAUUGCUGGAAAUUGUGAUACGGUAUGAUCGAAGUCCUUAAUACAACAGCUGCGUCGUUCAGGGGGCUUAGCCCUUCUCGGUCACCGACCUCGAGACAUUUAUAAUGGGGUUGGAAGUUGGACACACAUGAAUAUGGUGUGGAUUUGAUUGACGACGAUCCAUAAAUAGUGUGGUGGUUUGAUACGGUACUGGCGCUGCCCUUACUGUCAUGGCGUUGCCGAAGGAACAGAGAGGAGAGAGAUCAACUGUGUCUGGAGAUGAUGGAGGUGGUGGUGGUCGGCAGCUUUAAACACAUUGUGUUAAAUUUCAAAUCAUUACGGUGUGUUUGGUUAGUUUUUUGGUUCACACAAAUUUUUAUAUUCUGGAAACCGUUGAUGUGGAUCUUUAUAAUUUUUUUUUUUAUAUUGCUGAUUACUUAGGUGAUGUACAACAUAUUUUGAGCUU